AUGCUUAUGGUAAGACUCUGCAUUCUUCUGCUAAGCCUCUGCGGGUUAUGCAUUGGGUACCGUGAGAAUCCAGACACAAAUUCCUGCAAGGACUCUGGCAAGUACAUGGAUGAUACUACGCGCUACAAGAUCCUGCAAUAUCAUGACGGAACUCGAACUGUGCUCGCUCUGGGAGAAUCUCCGGAUAACAACAACGGUUUCCUUCCGCACGGCUGGCCAAAAAUUAGAUGGAAUUGUGCCCUAGAAGAACAAGCUCGUAAGUUGACUGAAAACUGUCCUGACAAAGUCACAGGAGUACCAGAACAAGGACGGAAUUUCUAUCACGGCGCUGUAACAGAUACGAGAAAAGGAAAGUUCCAAUUCCUAAGCGAUGCGGUAGACGAGUGGCUUGCUCCAACGGACACCUAUGCUUUGGGAGCUGAUGCUACCUUCGAUGACAGCAAUUUGUACUCCUUCGCUAAUAUGGUGUACGAGAAGAUUUACGAAAUUGGUUGCAAUUUUGAACAGUGUGGCACCGGUAGCACAGCCAAAGCUUCACUUCUGUGCAUUUACAACACCAACGUUCCUUUGAACACAAAGCUUUACGAAAUUGGCAGCACGAACCAAACCGUUGCGGGUUGUGCAUGGGAUGAUAAAGUGUGUGAACACCUCCAAAUAGCAGAAAGAGCCGAAUGUGAUGAUCUGCUCUGCAAGCUGCCUUACAAAGUUCAGAAUGGAUUCCUGUAG